CAUGAAGAAUCUUUUUAAAGAAAUAGCCAAAGAGUUGAUCUCCACGGUGGAAGUAAGGCAUUUAUAAAUGUUAAUAUUAGAAUUCUUGCGAUGGAAUAAUACAUUAUUUGGAUUCCUUUCAAAAUGAAUUCAAGUUUUUAGAAAAAAAGUGUCAGUUGGUAACAUCCUACAAGGUUACAGUUCCGUAACCAAUCAAAGUAAAGAUACAAGUUUAAGUCUCUUCUGGUGAACUAAACAAGAUUAGGUUAACAAAUAUAUAUAUAUCUUUUAUAGACCAAUAGAAUAGGUGGAGCCUUAUCGUCACUUAAAAGAACUAUCAGAGAUCUUAGAUCAUGUCCAAGAUCUUGAAGAACCAAUAUUCAAAGAUAUUUUGGAGAUGUUGAAGAAAUAGAACAUUCUAGAUCUUAUUGAAUUUCUUCAAAAGAGAGAGAACCUAAAGCACAUGAAUGAGGAGAUGAGAAGAAAAAUCCAGAAGGUGACUGAAGUUCUUAGAAAUCUGGAAGAACAUGAUUUUAAUAAAAAAAGAUUAUUCCUUGAAAGGUUAAGAAGCAGUAAGGAGGGACAUUACAAAGAAAAUACAAAAUGAUGGUAACCUCAAGGAAUUUCUGAAAUUCUUAGUCCAAAUCACUGCUUUAGAUAAGAAGUUCAUCAGAUGUGGAUCAAAUGCUUUACACCUAUUAAUACAGAUGAAGGUUGAUUUGACUAACUAA